AUGGGAAAUAAAUGUUCAAGAAGCAAAGUAAAGGAACCCAAACGUAAAGAUAUUGAUGAAUUAGCUGAACGUGAAAAUUUAAAAAAGCAAUCUGAAGAAAUAAUUGAAGAAAAACCAGAAGAAGUUGUCGAACAAGUAGAAGAAGCACAUGAAGAACCUCUUGAUCAAGAGGAAGAACUUGAGGAACAGAAAAUAGAAGAAGAAGAAGAAGAACCUGAACAAGUACCAAAAGAAGAAAUAGAUUAUGCAACUCAAGAAAAUAAAUCAUUUGAAGAAAAACAUUUAGAAGAUUUAGAAAGAUCUAAUUCAGAUAUAUAUUCAGAAUCUCAAAAAUUUGAUAAUGCUAGUGAUAAAUUAGAGACAGGAACUCAAUUAACCUUAUCUACUGAAGCCACUGGUGCCGUACAACAAAUAACCAAAUUAAGUGAACCCACCCAUGAAGAAAGUAUAUAUUUUACUUAUAGAUCUGUAACACCUUGUGACAUGAAUAAACUCGAUGAAACUGCUAAAGUUUUUUCAAGAAGAUGUGGAUGUGAUCUUGGUGAACGUCAUGAUGAAAAUGCAUGUAAAAUAUGUAGAAAAAUUGAUUUAUCCGAUACACCUUUGUUGAGCUAA